AUGCCAAGUGGAAAAGGAAGCAAAUUACUGCGAUAUGUAGAACAUCGCCUGAGAGUGACACUACACGAUGGAAGAACGAUUAUCGGUACAUUUCUUGCAUUCGAUAAGCACCUGAAUCUCGUACUGAGCGAAGCAGAAGAGUUCCGCGUCUGGCGAAAAGGAGGAUCCGGCUUGAUUGAAGAGAGAACCCAAAAGAGAAGUCUGGGACUAGUAUUGAUACGUGGAGAAAAUGUUGUUAGUCUAGCAGUUGAAGGACCACCCCCACCAUCCGCAGCUACCAAAAACGCCCCACCGCCACCUGGAGGAAUGCCCGGAGGAAUGGCCCGAGGGCGUGGAAUGCCAAUGGGCGGUCCACCAAUGGGCGGUAUGCCUCCCAUGGGUCUUGGUGCCGCUCCCGUACACGGCGUGGGUGGUAUGAUGCCACCACCGCCUCCACCACCAAUGGGCGGUAUGCCUCCAUCUGGAAUGGGCCGUGGAAUGCCACCAGGAUUUUAA